AUGGAUGGCUCGCAGCCUCCAUCUGAGCUGCUUGUGCCGCCUGUUCUGGACGACAUCGAUGAGAUGUCUGCAGGUUGUGCUAGCUGGCAAUUAUUGUCCGUUUCACUACAUAGGGCAUCUUCUUGGGGAUUCGGAAUAGCAGUGAGCGGUGGGAGAGAUAAUCCUCAUUUUACUUCUGGAGAUCCAGCAGUGGUAAUUUCUGACGUUCUUUCGAACGGGCCAGCUUUCGGGUUGUUACAAGUCAAUGAUCGGAUAUUAUCAGCAAACGGUGUCUCUUUCGAGAACGUAGAUUACGCGUCCGCCGUAGAAAUUAUAAAGAAGGCUGAGCAAAUUAAUAUGAUAGUGAAAAGAAAAAUACCUGUACCGAUUAUGGAGUUUGAACAGAGAACUUUAAAAUUUACACUAUCUAAAUCAAGGAAAAAAGAAGAUUUUGGCAUCGUUGUUGGUUGCAAGUUCUAUAUAAAAGAAAUCAGGAACCCGAAACUAGCCGACAAGGAUCCUGGUCUCCGCGAAGGAGACGCCGUCUUACGGAUAAAUGGACAAAACUUGGAGGGAGCUACUCUGGAAGAAGUGAACAAAUGGUUGGAAAGGUCUCGAGAAAAACUUUGUCUCGUUAUUCAAAGAGAUGUUAGGCGAACUACAUCGAGAUGGCCUAGUCAAAAUACAGUGUACGAGCGAGUAGGAUCGGUCUCUGCAACACCCCGUCACAGUCCUAGCCCCAUGUUAGCCCACCAAGCUUAUAAUAAUAAUGGUUUAAGAUCUUCUCAUGAGUAUAUAAACUCACCGAGAUGGAGAAACGAAGGUUCUGUUACAGAUGAAAGGAGAAUUAGUAGUCCAGUCAUGUCCGUCAAUGGGGUCUUAGGUUUCAAUGGUGAAUAUGAAUACUACAACAGGCAACAACCUAGACCUGAUUCUAAUGGAGUUAGAACUGUUGUAUUCAGAAAGGUUGGAGGAAGCGUUGGAGUUCGUGUUAUAGGAGGGAACGAAGUAGGAAUUUUUGUUUCUGCUGUAGCUGCGGACUCUCCUGCAGCUGUUCAUGGAGUUUGCUGUGGGGAUCGAAUACUCGAGGUCAACGGACGCUCUAUGAGGGGUGUAACCAGGGAAGCAGCUGUGCAACUGCUUUUAGCACUAGAAGAUAGAGUAACUUUACGGUUGGAGCACGCGAGACAAGAGUUUGAGCAUGUACGGAAUAAUCAAUUAGGAGAUAAUUUCUAUAUAAGGGCUCAUUUUUCGAAAGAUAAAAAGAAUUCGCCUUUGGAACUAUCUUUGAAUGAAGGCGACAUUUUUCACAUUACUGACACUCUGUUCGGAGGGACCGUUGGAUUAUGGCAAGCUUCUCGUGUUUACUCCUCCAAUAACAAUAAGGGUGAAGCUGCCAAGGGGGUUAUACCGAACGAGGCUACUGCUGAAACCAUUUGCCGAGAUCAACGUCGACAACAAGACAGCAAAGGAAAAGGAACGCUAUUGAGAAGAAAACUGGAACAACGACGAACUAAAAGCUUACCCAAAAAUCUUUUAUCGGAUCCGACAGAGUUAUCCGCUUCUGUUCCUCUACCAGCUUAUGAACGUGUAGCUUUGAAUACACCCAGUUUUUACAGACCCGUGGUGUUGUUUGGCCCUCUUGCCGAUCUAGCUAGGCAACAACUCUUGUCCCAAUUCUCAAUGAGAUUCGCAGAGCCUGAUGGUGAUGGUGGAAUAUUCCGAUUAGCAGCUAUUGAUUCUGUGAUUAGUUCUGGGAAACAUUGCAUUUUGGAUAUCUCGAUAGACUCGGUGGAAAGGCUGCAAUUAGCGCAGUAUGCUCCGAUAGUUGUUCUCAUUGAUGUUGAUAAUAGGUCGCGAAUACGGGAAAUACGUAAAAAGAUGAAUGGGCAACAUAUAUCGUCUAAGAAAUUGGCAGAACAAAGCAGUCGAAUCAAAAAAUGCCAUUCACAUCUUUUGUCAGCCACUGUUGAUGCUAGUCAUGAAGAUGGUUGGUUUGAUGCUUUGAGAGAUUUGAUAGCUCAUCUGCAACAACGAAGAUUAUGGAUGCCUGAGUUCCCACCCAACAUUCCUCUUGAAGAUGUUCUACUUUUUCCAUUGUCUACUAAAACUACUAACUAUGAUUCGGAUAUGGAUUCUUUGAAAGGAGACUACAGUGAUUUCGGGUUGAGGCGAGAAGACAGCUUGACCAAAAUGAAUACUUCUAUGAAUAGGUCAAUGUACGACUGGGACCGUUCUCAGCACUCUGGUCAUCCGGAUCAUUCAAGUGAGCCUCGUUCUUGGACUACUUUACCUCCCUCAACUAACUCAGUAAUACCUGUGAAAAUCGCAAGUCAUGAUUUAACCUUAGUCUCUCCUGUGAAAGCUAAUAUUACUGAAAACAAUAACCCUACCGCUCCGUCUCCUGGAUUUUACCACGUUAAGCAGCUAUUAAAUGAUGAUUCGCUUUAUCAUGAUGCAAGACUGGCCAACGAAAUAGCAAAUGUAAGACUCCGUGAGGAAGCAAGGCUGCGCGAAGAAAGAAUGAAGGAAGAUCGGUUGAAGCAGUCGGUUAAUGACCGUGAGCCAUCGCCUCUGCAGCCUCCUAAUUCUAAUAUGUAUUCUCCGAGAGAUGAAAGAUCCGAAUCUGUCGGUGAUAGCGGAAUGUAUGUACCAAUGGGAACUCAUAAUGGUAGAUUGGCAUCUUCAUCGCAUAGUAAUUUGCCAGCUAGAUUAUCUCCAAGAUUCUUACAGACAGCUUCACAGAAGCCUUCUAUUGCUCCAAAGCCAAAUUUCCAGAGUGAUAGUGUUAUUAGAAAUAGGUGGAAUGCAGAUCACACUGAAUCUGCUAAUCUAGACGCUUUGUCUAAUCAACAUCAACCAUAUGUAAACUCUCCCAUGAACGGUUUGACUGAACACUUGAGCGCUGAGAAUUACAGAAUGAACCCUGUAAGCAAUCAAGUUACCCUAGCGAAACCGGAAGAACUAUCAGUCUCUGAAGAUUUGGACAAUGUCCAUGAUGAGAAAGAUGAGCAAGAACCUACGGUGGUCGAGGAAACUUCUGGGUUCAUUGGAUCAGAAGGGGGUGUUUUGAGUUGCCCUAACUCUAAUGUAGAGCUUAGGAUUCCACCUGGCGCUUUACUGGAUGGCCAAAAGAAAGAAAUUUAUGUUAAAGUAUGUCGUGAAGGAGAAUCGCCUCCAAUUGAUAGAGCGAAGGGUGAAACCCUACUAUCCCCUCUUGUUAUGUGUGGUCCUCAGGGACUAUCAUUCAAAAUUCCUUGUGAGUUGAGGUUGCCUCAUUGUGGUCCUGUGGAUCAGGAUGGUCAAUGGUCAUUCUCUUUGAAGGCUGGUGAAGGCGGAAAAUGGAAACAUAUGGAACUGAAUGGAGCAAAUACAGUUGGUGAUCCAAAGUUCAUAACAGUACCUAUAACUCAUUUCUAA